CUUGUCUUUCUAUUACUUGAAACUUUUGUAUAUCAUCCUUGUACAAGGGGGUUGAUCUAGGUUUUAGGUCCUAGCACAAGAGCAAAUCUAAUAUUAGGAUAGAUCUAAACUUUUGGAAAGUCCACCUAAGGUGGAGGUCGGACUAACUUAUAUCAAGGUGUUAAGGGGUCGUUUGGUAGGCUGUACUAAGUAAAAUAAUCCCUGUAUAAAAAUUUAAUCUGUCCAAUACAAUGUUUGGUUGCUCAAUUCAAUUUAUGAGGAUUACUUAUACCUCAUAGGAGGGCUUAGCUAAUACCAAGGAAACCAAGGGAUUACUAAUUCCUGCAUUAACUAUAUCUGGAUAAGAUCCUAAAAUUACUAAACCGCCCCUCAAACCCUUUUCCUAAAUUUCUUUAUAUACAGAAAGAAGAAUAUUCAAGGGUAUAAUUGUAAAGAAGGUUUUGUACAGUUUUAAACCAAACACAAGCUUAGAUUAUACAUUGCACAGCUAAUUUUUAAUACAAUGAACCAACACUUGAUAAAAAAUUAAUCCCAGCACUACAAUCCCUGCAUUACUAAUCCCUGCAUUACUUGUGUUCGUGCCAAACGACCCCUUAAGAGUUACAAGUAAUGAGGAAAACGAAAUUAUAAAUUUGCGACUCGAUACUAUUUGUGUCUUAUAGAAUUACUGAUGCUAGUUCAUCGAUAUGUUUUCUAUUUGUAAAUGUGUUCUGGUCCUCUUUUUGUAUUUUGAAGAGUACUUGGAAAUUAUACAUCAAUUUUUGCAGAGCUUCUUGAAUCAGAAACAUGUCCUAGUCGACGUAACAUAAACAUUUACCUCACUAGGCACAAGUUCUAGAAGUAACGUUUCGACUUUUAUACCUAGGACAAAAGAAUUCAUUGUGGAAUUUUGAUGCCUUCGAAUUCUAUAUGGAUAUAUAAUUUGAUCCGAAAUUCAAGUAUAUAUAGUUCUCUUUCCAGAUUUUAUUGAUUGGAAAAGCCACUUGAAGACAACAUAGGCUGCGAUAUGUGGCAAGUUUUUUUGGUGUUUCUUCCAUUACAUAUACAUACUAGUAUUUGCUUGUUGAUUUACUUUAGAAAGUUUUUCAUCUUAAAGUACAAGAAAAACUGUAUUGCUAUUGACUAGGCACUCUAGACCACCUCUCCCCUUAAUUUUAUGUCCUAGGCAAGUGCAAUACAUUUCUACACCGUGCAACUUUAGUGAAUGGGCCAUAACUUUGUGUAUUGAUGACCAAACCAUAGGAAAGUUGAAUUAAAGGUUUAGAAGUCAUGAUCAAAUUCUUUCUAGAUUAAGAGUUAAACCUUUUUGAAGUUGAGUCAUGUCUUAUUCAUACUUAUUCUCUUGUCGAUUGCUCUAUUUUUCCAGCUUUCCUUUUGUUUCCAAAGCUCUCAUUCAUUCCUUAAAGCGUUAAAAACACAUUCGCACAUGAUCAUUUUGACAUGAUAUGCUUCAAUUUUCAUCUAAGAGUGGCUCGAGGAUCGGGGUGUUGCAACUGAAUUUGCACUGCAACCGUACAGUAGAAAAGUACUUGAAAUUUUGAGGGUGAAUGUAAAUACUAUUAAAUUAAGUGGGAUGGGGAUAAAUAGUUUUCAAGAGAUCUUCACAAAUAAAAAUUAUCUUAUGUGUAUAUAAAUAACUUGGAAAUAUGUUCUAGGUGCUUCUAAAGAUUGGUAUUAUUUACUUAAUCUUUAAUGGAAUUUCAAGGAUUAGAGAGCAAUGAUUAUAUGGAAAAAAUCAUUUGUGGUAACAUUGAUGAUAUGAAUAAGAAAUGGACGCAGUGUCUAUGAAAAAGGUACCCAAGAACUUCCAAUUUUACUGGCCCAGAUCAGCGUGCUCUUAUCUCUGUUUUUGCCUCCCUUUUUGCAACUUUACUGAUCAUGUUAUUUAUAGCACCAUUGACUUCGUUCAACUUGCAGCUUUGAGGUCAUAAUUGGAAUACGAUAGAUAUGGCUUAUGCUAGUGUUGCUUCUCUUAUGAGAAAAAUAGAACUGCUCCUGACAUUCAACUCACCAGGGCGAUCUCUAAUCCGUGACAACAUAGCAGAACUUAUUGCUCUUCAUGGAAAGAUUAGUUCCUUGAGAGUAUUUCUCAAGAAUUUCGAGAAAAGCAAUGAUUCUGGGGAAAUGACAGAUUUGGAAGCACAGAUAAAAGAAGUUGCAGAAGCUGUUGAACACACAAUUCAGAUGACACUGACUGAAGCUGUAGUGGCAAAUGAUGAAAUGCAGAAAGAAAAGGCACAUGAGAGGUUUUGUGAUAGCCUAAAGCAAGUAGCAGAGGACAUUGAUCGUGUCCAGAAAGAAACAAAAAAGAUUCAAGAUAAAGGCAAACAAGCAUCAAAGGAAUCUUUGGUUCUAGAUAGUUCAACAAAAGAUAUCCCUAAUUUGAAGAACAAUAUGGUGGGACGUGAUGAUGAAAGGAAACGGUUGUUAGAAAAUCUGACUAGAGGCUUCUCUGGUGAACCAAAAGUCAUUCCAAUUGUCGGGAUGGGAGGUAUUGGUAAAACAACUUUAGCUAAAGAAGUUUUCAGUGAUGCAUCCAUUCGAUCUCAUUUUGAUGUUCGUGCCUGGGCUACUAUAUCUAGCCAAUACAAUGUAAAAGAUAUCUAUGUAAGCCUUCUGCUUUUUACAAAAGAAACAAAAGAUGAGAGAGUUCACAUGAAAGAUGAGGCGGAGCUAGCAGACAUGCUACAGAAAAGUUUAAAGGGUAAGAGAUAUUUAAUUGUCAUGGAUGACAUGUGGAACAGUAAAGCAUGGGAUGAUGUGAGACAAUGUUUUCCAAGUGAAGAUAAAGGCAGUCGAAUAUUGUUGACUACUCGUAACACUGAAGUAGCUUGUUAUGCUGGUACAGGAAAUCUUUCUUUGCAGAUGGAUUUUAUGAAUCCAGAUGAGAGUUGGAAACUUUUUAAAUGUACGGGCUUUGCAGAUGUAUCAUUACCACAUGAGUUCGAGACUAUUGGGAAGCAUAUCGUAGACAAAUGUCAAGGGCUGCCACUAUCUAUUAUCGUGGUUGCUGGGCUUCUGUCCAAAUCUAAGAGGACACUAGAAGAUUGGAAAAUUGUUGCUAGAGAUGUAAGGUCAUUUGUCACAGAUGAUCCUGAUAAACAAUGUUUACAUGUGCUUGGGUUGAGUUACAAUCACUUGACCAGUGAUUUAAAAGCAUGUCUUCUGUAUUUUGGAAUUUUUCCAGAAGACAGUGAGAUUCCAGUGAAGAAACUAGUGAGUUUAUGGAUGGCUGAAGGGUUCCUGAAGUUGGAAAAUGACUUACAAGGAGAGGCUGAGAAGUGUUUACAAGAUCUCAUCGACAGAUGUCUAGUUCUUGUAUGCAAGAAAAGUUUGGAUGAAACAAAAAUUAGAUCAUGUAAGGUUCAUGAUCUAGUGUAUGAGUUUUGCUUGAGAGAAGUUCAAAACGAAAUAUUUUUUUCCUUGAGACAGCUGGUACCUGGUAAUCCGGACUAUAUUUACUCUGAUCAUUAUAGGAUCCUUUUUGUCCCUCGAUUGAUAACACAGCAGACAGAUGGUGACAAUGAAAAUUCGUGCAAUCUAAUUCGUUCUAUUUUCUCUUUGUAUAGUACUUAUUCAACUUUUAUUCUUGAACCAGAUAUUGUUCAUUGCAAUUUUCUCAAAAUUUUGGACUUGAGUCCCAUAACUCUUGAUGUUUUCCCUCCACUGAUACUGUGCCUCAGUUUUUUGAGGUACCUAGUACUGUCCACCCAUGGUGGGAGGUUUGACAUACCUCCAGAAAUUUGCAGGUUAUGGAGUCUAAGAACAUUCAUUGUUGAAGGGUAUCGUCCGACGUACAUACACUUUCCUGAACAAAUUUGGGAACUGUGGCAAUUAAGGCAUCUCGGAGUGUAUCAGUUUGAUUUGCUAAAUCCUCCAAGUAUAUCUGUUGACGAAGAGAGGUGCUCGGAAUUUUCAAACAUACACACUGUUUCCGGCUUGUGUGUAAGUAGUUGCACAAAGGAGGUUAUUUCAGGGAUUCAGAAUGUUAAAAAAUUAGGAAUCUAUGCAGAUGAAUACGAGUUUAAAACAUUUCAUGGAUCUAGACUUUUUGACAAUCUUGCGAAUCUACAUCAACUUGAAACAUUGAGUCUUAAAGUUUCAGUACCGCUGCAGACGAAGAUUAAUAAAGUGCCAAUGACCAUUCCUAGUGCAAAAGCUUUUCCAACGACGCUCAAGAAGUUGAAGUUGGACAAUACUUGUCUAAGGUGGGAGGACAUGGAUAUCAUAGGUGAGUUGCCUGACCUUGAGGUGCUGAAGCUAAUGUUAAAUGCUUGUUGUGGCCAAGAGUGGCAUCCAAUUGCAGGGGGUUUUACUAGGUUGAAGCUUUUGCUAAUUAAGCAUAAUUAUCAUCUCAAGUACUGGAAAGCCACAAAUGACAAUUUUCCUGUCCUUGAGCGCCUCGUGAUUACAUAUUGCACUGAGUUGGAAGAGAUGCCCAUUGAGUUUGCAGAUAUGGACUCACUACAACUAAUUGAGUUAAGUUACUGUACAGCCCAACUUGAGGCUUCUGCUGCACGUAUUCAACAAGAACAAGAAGACCUCGGAAACAAACCUGUGGAUGUUCGUAUCUCAGAUACAUACAAUCCAUGUUGGUAAUGUAGAAGAUAGGGCACUCAAUGCUCCGAUAUAAUUACGGGGAGGGAACAAGUUUGCACAUUUUGGCUAAAGAAAGGAUCUAAAGCAGCAAUAUCUCUUUUGAAAAACUUAUUCGGAUAGUAAUUGUAAUAAUCUAGCUUGCUUUGGGAACCUUUGUGUCAUAUCUAACAGUGUUAUCAAA